AUGAAGCUGAAACGAUUCCUGCUGCGAUAUUACCCUCCUGGAGUUAUCUUGGAGUACGAGAUGCGGGAUAAGACGAGAGAAACAAAAGAGAUAGACUUGCUACACUUAACACCAGAGACAGACGUUGAAGUUCUUGUCAACCAAGUGACAUUCGAAGAGCCACUCAUUAGUGAAAACCGCAAGCCACAACUUCGAAGACUUAUUUACAAGCUCAUUGAGAAACUCGAAAGUAACGAGAAUAGUGAUUAUUAUUUAUUUAAAAUUUUGCGUGCGCACAUACUGCCGUUGACAAACUGUGCGUUCAACAAGCAGGGCGACAAAUUCAUCACAGGAAGUUAUGAUCGAACAUGUAAGAUUUGGCGGACUGAGACUGGAGAAGAGUUGCUGACUCUCGAGGGACAUCGAAACGUGGUUUAUGCCAUCGCGUUUAACAACCCGUGGGGAGAUAAGAUAAUUACUGGAUCCUUCGACAAGACUUGCAAAAUCUGGAAUGCCGAGAAUGGCGAUCUAUUCCACACUUAUCGUGGUCAUGCAACAGAAAUUGUUUGUCUGUCGUUCAAUCCCCAUGGAUCUACAGUCGCAACAGGUUCUAUGGACAAUACAGCAAGACUCUGGGACGUGAAUACUGGAGAAUGUUUGCACACGCUGUUGGGCCAUACAGCGGAGAUUGUGAGUUUGAAUUUUGAUACGAACGGCCAGAAAAUUAUAACUGGCUCAUUUGAUCACACCGUGAAAUUGUGGGAUGUGAAAACGGGACGUUGCAUUCACACACUCGCUGGACACAACGGCGAAAUAUCUAGCACGCAGUUCAAUUACCAGUCUGAUCUAUGCAUCAGUGGUUCGAUAGAUCGUACCUGCAAAGUAUGGGACGUCGGGAGCGGCCAAUGUGUCCAUACUUUGCGAGGCCACAAUGAUGAAAUUUUGGAUGUAUGCUACAAUGCAACUGGCUCUAAGUUAGUCACGGCAUCUGCCGACGGCACAUCGCGCGUAUUCAACACGAUGACAGGCGCAUGUCAGUCCAUUCUUAUUGGACACGAGGGUGAAAUUUCCAAGGUCGCUUUCAACCCGCAGGGUGUUCGCAUUCUGACAGCAAGCAGCGACAAAACAGCUCGACUCUGGGACGUUGAAACAGGUGAUUGCCUCCAGGUAAUUCUGGAGGGGCACACUGACGAAAUCUUUAGUUGCGCUUUCAACUAUAGUGGCGAUACCGUCAUCACGGGAUCAAAAGACAACACAUGUCGUAUCUGGAAAUGUACUUUACCUGUUUAUGGCCCAUUCGGAUGCCAAGCUGAUAUACGUAGGCUAGAGAGCACAGGUGAUUUGAUCAAAACCCGAAUGUAA